UCUUCCCACACCUCUCGCCCCAGCGCGGCGUCGUCGUCGAGAGCGAGCGAGCGAGCUACACGAGCUUCCUACAACGCAGCAGCUAAUCACAGCUGUAGCAAAGUGAUCGUACGCCGAGCGGCAUUCUUGCACGCUAGCUACACCCGGCCUCCAAUGGCGCUCCAGGCAUCGACGCCUUCCGUGUUCCGCGCGGUCCCGGCCACCGCCCACGCUCCCUGCCGGCGGCAGUUCCAGGUGCGCGCGAGCGCGGCGGCCCAGAGCGCUGGCGGCAGCAGCAGCAGCAGCGUCGGCGCCGACGGGAAGAUGGUGGUCCCGAAGGAGCCGAGGCCGAGCUCGACCCCGUGGAAGGUGGACUUCUCCGGCGAGAAGCCGGAGACGCCGCUGCUCGACACGGUGAACUACCCUGUCCACAUGAAGAACCUCUCGACCCCGGAGCUGGAGCAGCUGGCGGCGGAGCUCCGCGCGGAGAUCGUGCACACCGUGUCCAAGACCGGCGGGCACCUAAGCUCGAGCCUGGGCGUGGUGGAGCUCGCCGUGGCGCUGCACCACGUGUUCGACACCCCCGAGGACAAGAUCAUCUGGGACGUCGGCCACCAGGCGUACCCGCACAAGAUCCUCACGGGCCGGCGCUCCCGGAUGCACACCAUCCGGCAGACCUCCGGGCUGGCGGGCUUCCCCAAGCGCGACGAGAGCGCGCACGACGCGUUCGGCGCCGGCCACAGCUCCACCAGCAUCUCGGCGGGGCUGGGCAUGGCCGUCGCGCGGGACCUCCUGGGCCGCAAGAACCACGUCAUCUCCGUCAUCGGCGACGGCGCCAUGACCGCCGGCCAGGCCUACGAGGCCAUGAACAACUCGGGCUACCUCGACGCCAACAUGAUCGUCGUCCUCAACGACAACAAGCAGGUGUCCCUCCCCACCGCCACGCUCGACGGGCCGUCCAAGCCCGUCGGCGCGCUCAGUCGCGCGCUCACCAAGCUCCAGUCCAGCACCAAGUUCCGCCGCCUCCGCGAGGCCGCCAAGACCGUCACCAAGCAGAUCGGCGGGCCGACGCACGAGGUCGCCGCCAAGGUCGACGAGUACGCGCGCGGCAUGAUCAGCGCCUCGGGCUCCUCGCUCUUCGAGGAGCUCGGCCUCUACUACAUCGGCCCCGUCGACGGCCACAACGUCGAGGACCUCGUCACCAUCUUCGAAAAGGUGAAGUCGAUGCCGGCGCCGGGGCCCGUGCUCAUCCACAUCGUGACGGAGAAGGGCAAGGGGUACCCGCCGGCGGAGGCGGCGGCCGACAGGAUGCACGGCGUCGUCCGCUUCGACCCGUCGACGGGGAAGCAGUUCAAGUCCAAGUCCCCGACGCUGUCCUACACGCAGUACUUCGCCGAGUCGCUGAUCCGGGAGGCGGAGGCCGACGACAAGGUGGUGGCCAUCCACGCCGCCAUGGGCGGCGGCACGGGGCUCAACUACUUCCAGAAGCGGUUCCCGGAGCGGUGCUUCGACGUCGGGAUCGCGGAGCAGCACGCCGUGACGUUCGCGGCGGGGCUCGCCUCCGAGGGGCUCAAGCCCUUCUGCGCCAUCUACUCCUCCUUCCUCCAGCGCGGCUACGACCAGGUGGUGCACGACGUCGACCUGCAGAAGCUGCCGGUGCGCUUCGCGCUCGACCGCGCGGGGCUCGUCGGCGCCGACGGCCCCACCCACUGCGGCGCCUUCGACGUCGCAUACAUGGCGUGCCUCCCCAACAUGGUGGUCAUGGCGCCCGCCGACGAGGCCGAGCUGAUGCACAUGAUCGCCACCGCCGCCGCCAUUGACGACCGGCCCAGCUGCUUCCGCUUCCCGCGCGGCAACGGCAUUGGCGCCGCCCUCCCGCCGGGAAACAAGGGAACGCCCCUCGAGGUCGGCAAGGGCCGCGUGCUCGUCGGCGGCACCCGGGUGGCGCUCCUCGGGUACGGCACCAUGGUGCAGGCCUGCCUCAAGGCCGCCGAGGCGCUCAAGGAGCACGACGUGUACGUGACCGUGGCCGACGCCCGGUUCUGCAAGCCGCUGGACACGCAGCUGGUCAGGGAGCUCGCCGCCGAGCACGAGGUGCUCAUCACCGCCGAGGAGGGCUCCAUCGGCGGGUUCGGCUCCCACGUCGCCCACUACCUCAGCCUGGCCGGCCUCCUCGACGGGAACCUCAAACUGAGAUCCAUGUUCCUGCCUGACCGGUACAUCGACCACGGCGCGCCGCAGGACCAGAUCGAGGAGGCGGGGCUGACGCCGCGGCACAUCGCCGCCACCGUGCUGUCGCUGCUUGGGAGGCCAUUGGAGGCCAUGCAGCUCAAGUGACCGACCACCAUUGUUUAGUUUCUACGUGACCUUGAACACACACAUACCAUCACCAACAGAUAAAUAAAAUUAAAGCAAAUAGAAAUGAGUGAGUUCAAAUGUGGACGUCUUCAUGCCGGUGUCUGCUACCUCCAUCCCUGACCUAGAAUCCCAUGCUCACAUGGAUCUGUCUCAAGGCUAGUAGUCCUAGAUAGGAGGUGCCAAGGCAAGGCCAUGCCCCCAUGUGUGUACGUGAUCCUUGGCGUGGUGCAAUGCUUCCAAACGCUAGAGGAUAAGGGGUGGUGAAACCAUGAAACGAGGGCAUCGCCAUGCUUUGAUUCCUGGAGCAGUAAGGUGGAUUGCCAUCCUCGCUGCCAGCUGCUGAUUUUGUCAGUGGUGACACAGGCAUGCAUGGCCCCACAUGCCAGCUGAUCUUGCUAGUGUUUUUUUUUUAACUUUUUGUAUAGGAUGCAUGCAUAAGAUGGCAAGCAUAUGUAAACAACUCAAAAACAAUGUAAUCUUUCGCGUUCAGUGCUGGACCUAUACCUAUACAUGUAUGUAUAAACAAAGAAAAGAUGUGUGGGUUGUUGUCUCUGCUGAGAAAGAUGGACAAUGAGCACUCUCUUGUCUGGUGAGAAA